AUGAGCCACAACACCCAAGCAAUGCAGCAUGUCAGUGCCGCCGAUGCACGAUCAUUUAUUGAGAACAUCCUUACCGGCAAUGGGGUAUCGAAAGAUAAUGCAGUGAUUGUCGCCAAAUGUCUUGUCGAAGCAGACCUACGUGGAGUGGAUACACACGGCAUAUGCAGUAAUCGAAUCCCAAGCUACAUGGCUCGCAUCAGAGAAGGUGUGCUAGACCCGGGCGCAACACCGACUGUUCACCGAAUCACGCCAGCUGUUGCUCAAGUCGACGCACACAACGGAUUUGGCUUUCUUGCGGCUCACAGGGGUAUGGAGGUAGCCAUUGAAUUGGCCAAGGACGUUGGUAUCGGCAUGGUGUCAGUGAAGCACUCCAACCAUUUCGGCAUGUCCGCUUGGGUCGUGCAACAAGCACUUGACGCAGACAUGAUGAGUCUAGUUUUUACGAACUCUUCGCCAGCUCUACCUGUGUGGGGUGGAAAGUCCAAGCUCAUGGGCGUGUCCCCAAUGGCUUGUGGAGCUCCAGCGGGAAAAGGCAGCAAGCCCUUCAUAGUGGACAUGGCGCCCUCCGUUGCAGCUCGAGGCAAAAUUUACAAAGCAUUGCGGAGACAAGAGAAGAUUCCUGGCGACUGGGCAUUAGACAAGGAUGGUGGACAGACAGAGGAUCCAGCCAAGGCCCUGGAGGGAGUCAUGUUGCCCAUGGGUGGACCGAAGGGCUCCGCAAUCGCUAUCAUGAUGGACGUCUUCUCUGGGGUCCUAUCAGGUAGCGCGUUUGCGGGUCAUGUCACAAAUCCAUACGAUCCUUCGAAACCAGCAGACGUCGGUCACUUCCUUGUAGCCAUCAAACCGGACCUCUUUAUGAGCAUCGACGACUUCAAGAACCGGAUGGACUACUUGUAUCAGCGCGUAGUUGGGUCCGAUCGGAUGCUUGGCACGGAUCGUAUCUAUUUCCCGGGCGAAAUUGAGGAGCUGAAUAAGGAGAAACGCCUGAAGGACGGGAUACCGCUUGUAGCAGCCGAGGUGGAAGCCCUGAACACGGAGGCUCAACGAGUUGGAGCCGCAUGCAUCCUGGCCUCCCCACCUGCUUCAAGGUCCCGCUUGUGA